AUCCAAUAAAAACAUGUUUCACAUAAUACUAAAUGUAUUGAUAUGUUUGCCCAUCAUUUGUGGGGCCGACUAUACAAACCGUAUAAACCCUCACAAGAAUUGGGGCGAAUGGGAAGGUUGGGGCACAUCACUGGCCUGGUGGGCAAAUGUGCUUGGUGACAGGGACGACGUAGCCGAUCUCAUGUUCACCACCAAACUAAUCCAGUAUAACAACCAAUCGGUGCCCGGAUUGGGCCUAAACAUAAUCCGGUAUAACGUGGGCGGCUGUUCGGCCAAUAGUAUAGGCGCUGACCAUAUGAUAGCGUCGCCCAAAAUACCCAAAUUCAAGCAAAUCGAGGGCUUUUGGCUGAAUUGGGACAGCGAUGACCCCCAGUCCAAGAGCUGGGACUGGAGUGUCGACAAAAAGCAGCGACUAAUGGUCCAGAAGGCUCAGGAUAGGGGUGUGGAUCAGAUUGAGCUGUUCUCCAACAGCCCCAUGUGGUGGAUGCUCUACGACCACAACCCCUCCGGUGCGCCCAAUGGGGGCGAAAACUUGCAAACCUGGAACUACCAGAAGUUUGCCGUGUAUUUGGCAACUGUGGCCAAGUAUGCGGUCGACCACUGGAAUGUCACCUUUAGAUCUGUCGAGGCUUUCAACGAGGCGUCGUCUAUGAGCUGGACGUCUGAAGGCAAUCAAGAGGGCUGUCAUAUUGGGUCCGAAGCCCAACAGAAAGUGAUAAUGUAUUUGAGGGAUGAGUUAAAUAAACGCGGUCUCAAUGAGACACUGGUGUCGGCAUCGGAUGAGGUGACUGUGGACUCAGCCAUUAAGAUGUGGGAGAGUUUCCCACAGUCUGUGAGGGCGACUGUGGGUCGGGUCAAUGUUCACGGAUACGGAUAUUUCUACGGCAAACGCGACAAACUCUAUGAUUUGGUCCGUAAGGACAACAAACCCAUCUGGACUUCAGAGUACGGAGAGGGCGACGGCACUGGACUCCCGAUGGCCCAGAAUUUGAAUCUAGAUUUGUUUUGGAUGCACACCACGGCGUGGGUGUAUUGGCAAACGUUUGAUAGUAGCCAGGGUUGGGGUAUGAUUCACGCGGAUCUGGAAAAGGGGUCGACGGGUGUUGUGGCCGCCAAGUACUACGUUAUGGCCCAAUACUCGCGACACAUACGCAAAGGUAUGCUAAUAGUGGAGAGCGAUCGGUCCGAUUCGGUGGCCGCUUAUGACCAAAGCAAUCGUCGGCUCGUUAUUGUGACCCUCAAUAUCGGCGACGACUCCCAGAAUAUUACGUAUGAUUUGUCACAAUUUGGUCGCAUAACUGACGGGUCGGUCAGUCGCUGGACGACAACACCCGAUGACAAACAGCACUAUGUGUUUGAUAACAAACUUAAUGUUAAAGCAAAAACAUUGAACGCUGUGUUGAAUAAGAAAAGUAUUCAUACGAUUGUUAUUGAAAAUGUUUUCAUACAAUAGUAAAC